AUAAUAUAUAGUUUAGUGGUAGUAGAAUAUUAAUAAUAUAUAGUAUAGUAAUAGUAUGCCAACAAGAUGAUAGCGGGAUUGCUGGAACAUUUGGAAGAUUAUUUAGAAAAUUCAGUAGUGGAUUUCCAUGGGCAGUUCUACUCAACUUUGGGAAUGUGGAUAAUAACAGCGGUUUUCGGCUUAGUCGGAUUCGCUUACGGUUACAUUACACAAUCCUUCCUAUCCACCCUUAAGUUCAUUGCAGCUGGCACCGCCGUUAGCAUUCUGGUAUGUGCUGUGCCAUGGCCAUUUUAUAGUUUAAAUAAAAUUAAUUAUAAACAUAAAAAAAAUUAGUCUCUUCCUAGCAAAUCACUAAUCUAAAAUAUCAUAUAAUAAUGGAAAAUAUUAUGUAAUAAUGGGUAAUAUGGAUAAAAAGAUGUAAAACAGAGUAAUUGUAAUACUUUUAAAAGUAAAAUUUUUUCAAAGAUUAAUUUAUUAAUUUAUUCCUAAUAA